GAAGGGCCCUCUAUCCAUUGAGUGUGGGUUCAAAGGAACACUGGCAAUUGACUUUAAAGAAUCUUGCACUUUGAUGUCCGGGUCCUUUGAUCUCUUGACAUUUAUCUUCAGAUUUUGGUCUCCUCCACCUCAGUCUUCGUCAUGGCAUCAGCAGCUCUGGAGCUGAUGGGUUUCUUCCUGGGCCUGGUGGGAUUACUGGGUACCCUAGUCGCCACUGUGCUUCCAUACUGGCAGAUCUCCGCCCGCAUCGGCUCCAACAUCGUCACGGCCGUGGUCACCAUGAAGGGCCUGUGGAUGGAGUGCGUGUACCAGAGCACCGGGCCCAUCCAAUGCGGGAUCUACAACUCCAUGUUGUCCUUGCCCUCCGACCUGCAGGCCUCCCGCGCCCUCAUGGUCAUCUCCAUCGUCCUGUCCGUCCUCGCAAUAGCCCUGGCGUCCCUGGGGAUGCAGUGCACUCUGUGCCUGGAGGGCUCUCCGGCUAAGAGUCGCGUGGCCGGUGCCGCCGGCUGCUUAUUCCUCACCGCCGGCUCCGUGGCGCUCAUACCGGUGUCGUGGACCGGGUACGAGGUGGUCCAGACCUUCUACAGACCCAACGUACCCUCCAGCAUGAAGUUUGAGCUGGGAGAGUGUUUGUACACUGGUCUGGCCUCAGCGCUCAUCUCUAUGCUGGGGGGGGCGAUGCUGUGUGCGUCGUGCUGCGGGAAGCCGGACAAUGGUCGUGGGAGACGAAAUGCUGGAGGUUAUCUAUAUCCUGUAGGAGGCGCCAUGUCCGGCAGCGGCGUACGGACAACCUCACAGCUCUACCGCAAUCGCAACCUGCAGGGGGUGGGGCUUAACCUGCCCAGCAGGGGGCAGACGCUGUUACGCAAUACCAGCGACAGCACCCACUCCAGUGGGCGCCAAGAAGCCCACGGCGGCAGGAUAUGACAUCACAGGAUAUGUCUGAGGUCACAGCUACUCCGUCACACUUUGAACUCACAACGUACAUCCACUGUUAUGUAUUUAUACAAAGUAUUUAAUCAAAUGUUGUCAUCACGAGACGCUGCCGCUUCGUCUUCUCUAAUUUGUCGGUGGAUUUUUUUAUUCUCUUGAGCUUUUUGGAACAUUUGUCAAGUAAAGAGAAGUUGUGACUUUUCAGAGGAAGAACAAAAAAGAUGAUGAACAUAACAACAACAACAACAACAACAACACAACAGGGACUGUAACUGUUUAUUAUCUCCCUGCAGCUUCUCUCAAGACUCGACUCUUAUUUUGAAAUUGCGCAGGAUGUCAAAUUGUUGUAUUA